AUGAUCCUAUUGAAUGAUAUCGUUGAUGCGAUGGAGCAUCUGUCGAAAUGCUUCGACGCGAUGAACCGUGUGGUAUUCGACCCAGAGAAGAGCAGUCCGCCUGAGAUAACACAUUUCACCGACAUUGCGGGAGAGCGAGUACCCAACUCCACGCCUGUCCGAGCCGAAGGAGCCGUGGAAAUUUGGCUGAACUAUAUCCUCGAUCAGAUGGUACAGAGUUUGUAUGAUUUGACCAAGAAGAGCCUACUGGAGUAUCCCGAGGACGGGAGGCGGGAGUGGUUGUUUGCAGGCUACCCAGCGCAGAGUGUCCUGCUGGUGGAUAUGAUUAGCUGGACAUCAAACUGUGAGAAGGCGCUUAAACAGGAUGGGGAGGAACGGAAAGGGGACGAGAUGCACCCUCUGUCGGAGUGCAUCAAGUAUCACCAAGAGCAGCUACAGGAAUCCGUUGCGUAUGUGCGACAAGAUCUGAACAAGCUGCAGAGGAUACUGAUGGGCGCUCUCAUCGUGCUGGACGUGCAUAACAUCACCGUUAUAGAGCAGCUCCUCGCAGCAGGCUGUAGAGGCGUCAAUGACUUCGACUGGUCUAAGCAGCUACGAUACUAUUGGGAUACUAAUGUAACCACUACAGUUUUUGAGGUGAUAUCAUUCAGGUACUCUUAUGAGUAUCUGGGCAACGGUCCAAGACUGGUCAUCACAGCUUUGACUGACAAGUGCUACAUGACUUUAACUGGCGCCUUGCAUCUCAACUACGGUGGGGCCCCGGCCGGUCCUGCAGGCACAGGGAAGACGGAGACCACGAAGGACCUCGGCAAGGCUCUCGCUGUUCAGUGCGUUGUCUUCAACUGCAGCGACGGUCUCGAUUACAAGAUCAUGGGAAGGUUUUUCUCUGGCCUGGCUCAGGCAGGAGCAUGGGCGUGCUUCGAUGAGUUCAAUCGCAUUCAAGUUGAGGUCCUCUCCGUCAUUGCCCAGCAGAUGUUGACCAUUACUCAAGCCAUUCGAUCGAAGGUCUCCGUAUUCGAAUUCUCCGGACGGGAGAUCCCUCUGAACCCACGUUUUGGCGUCUUCAUCACCAUGAAUCCAGGCUAUGCAGGUCGAACCGAGCUGCCGGACAAUCUGAAGUCACUAUUCCGUCCAGUGGCAAUGAUGGUUCCCGACUACGCACUAAUCGCGGAAAUCAUCCUCUACUCGGAGGGCUUCGAGGCGGGAUCGAUGCUCGCUAGGAAAAUGGUUCAACUCUACCGACUGGCCAGCGAACAGCUGUCGAAACAGGAUCACUACGAUUUUGGUAUGAGGGCAGUGAAGUCAGUAUUGGUGAUGGCGGGCCAACUCAAGCGAAAAUACCCUGAGCUUAACGAGGACGUAACGCUGAUUCGGGCCAUGCGGGACUCCAUGUACCGAAGUUUACCGAAACGGACUUUGCUGUUCAUAGGUUCUUACGUGGAUUACGGGGCUUUGCAGAAAGAAAUAGAGGCGCAGCUUCGAAAGGAACACCUGCAGGUGGUCGAGGGUUUUGUAGGGAAAAUAAUUCAGCUUCUGGAAACGCAGUUGGUUCGCCAUGGAGUGAUGGUAGUCGGAGUUACAGCGACGGGCAAGUCGACGUGCUCUACGAUCCUCUCCAGAGCGUUGUCACAGCUUUGUCUGGAUGGUUCGACGGACCCCGCUCACCAAGUGACCAAGGUUAUGGCCUUGAACCCGAAGAGUAUAUCUAUGGAGGAGCUGUACGGCAGCUUCAAUGAGAACACUGGGGAAUGGUCGGACGGGUUGGUGGCCAUUCUGGUGAGGGAGGCCUUGAGUGAUACUUCCGAUAACAAAAAGUGGGUGCAGUUUGACGGACCUGUGGAUGCUAUUUGGAUUGAAAACAUGAACACUGUGCUGGAUGACAACAAGAUGCUUUGCCUGAAUAAUGGGGAGAGGAUAAAACUCGCCCCGACCAUGACGAUGAUGUUCGAGGUGAAUGACCUAGCUGUAGCCUCGCCAGCUACUGUCUCACGAUGUGGUAUGGUUCUGAUAGAACCUGUUCAUUUGGGGUGGAGAGCGCCUAUUGAUACGUGGAAGGAAGUAUUCUCGAUAGCGGCUACUGAGGUUUUUAACCUGCAUCGACAUGUUAUUGAUCUCUGCGAUGUCACGUUGCCUUUCAUACGCUCUCACUUGAAGGAGGCUCCGGGCAUUCCUAGUGUCGAUGCUAAUCUAUGCAAGUCGUUCAUGGACUUGUGCGAUUCCUUCGUGAACGACAGUAACGGCUUUGAAAGAGUGAUGCCAUUAGAGCCCGAACAAGAGGAGCCGACAAUCAAGCCGUCCAAGAGAUCGGAUGCCUCCAAUGAUAAGUUGUUGAGAAUGUACUUGAUCGUGGCGGCUGUCCGCAGUCUCGGUGGUAACCUGCACGAAACAAGUCGAGGGGAGUUCUUGGAGUUCAUGAGACCCCAUUUCGAGAGCAUCUGUCCCGACGUGGUGGAUUUCGAUGAUUUAUACUCUGUAGCGGUGGAUCCAGAGAAGGGUUGCUUUGAGCACAUUGAAAAUCGAGUUGAGCCGUUCACGUACACCCCGGGAAUGCCGUUCUUCAGCAUAUUGGUGCCGACUACAGAGUCCACGAGCCAGUUGAUGACACUAGAUGCGCUCACGAGGAAUGGUACAAAUAUUUUCUUCUCUGGUGAGACUGGUGUAGGCAAGUCGGUUGGGAUCGCUGCCUUCCUGGACAAGCUCGUGCGGGAGGGCGAGGCGGCAGACGCUGAGAUGAGGUUCACAGUGGCAACAGCAAACUUUUCAGCGCAGACCAGCAGCGGAAAUGUUGUCGAUAUAUUCGAAACAAGGCUAGACCGUAAACGGAAGAAUCUACUAGGGCCACCAGCCGGCAGUAGGAUGGUCGUCUUCGUUGAUGAUAUCAAUAUGCCGCUCGUGGAAGUAUAUGGCGCUCAGCCGCCGAUCGAGCUCCUGAGGCAAGUCAUUGAUCACAAGGGAUUUUAUGACCGGCGGAAGCUGUUCUGGAAAAACGUGGUGGAUACUCAAGUCAUAGCUGCAUGUGGUCCACCAGGUGGUGGGAGGAACGCAGUUACGCCUCGGCUCCUUCGACACUUCUUUAUGCAGUGGAUACCUGAUAUCAGCAAGGAUGCUAUGGUACUCAUCUUUGACAGCAUCCUCAAUGGCUGGCUCACGGCUGAGGCUCCUAGUUUGGCUACGUUGAGCAACGCUANNNNAAUAGUAGUCUCGGUAGAGAAUUGUACUCGAGUCGAAUUCGUCGUUCUCGUCGAGGUCUUCGGUCUGCACUCCAAUGCGCUGAUAACAGCUCAAAUCAACCAAGCCAAGAAAUUGCUGGAGGCGAUAGUAUCAGUACAGCCCCAGUUGAGUGGUGGCGAUGGAGGACUCGCGCCAGAGGAGAUCGUCUCCAAUAUGGUGAAUGAAUUCACCAGCCGCAUGCCAAAUGCCAUAUCAAUGACUGACGGUCACAGACUUAGCUUUGCUAAGGAGCCGUCUGGAGGGAUCAUCUCCUUGGGUGUUUUUUUAGCUCAAGAGAUUCACAGGUUUAACCUCUUGGUGGGCGUCGUUAAGACGAGUUUGGCCGCUCUUGCUAAAGCCAUCAAAGGUCUUAUUGUGAUGUCAUCCGACCUGGAAGAAAUGUUUAACAGCUUUCUCAUACAGAAGGCACCAGCAAAGUGGUCUGCAGCAGCGUAUCCUUGUUUGAUGCCUCUAAACUUCUGGGUCAGCGACUUCAUUAGAAGAGUGGAAUUCAUGUAUAGCUGGGCACAUUAUGGUCCUCCGGCUAGCUUUUGGCUACCUGCCUUCUUUUUUCCUCAAGGCUUCAUGACAGCGGGCAUGCAAAUGCAUGCUAGAGCUCACAGAAUUCCAAUUGAUUCUCUAACGUUUGAGACCAACGUUCAGACUUAUUCUAGCCCGGAUGAGCUGCCCGGACCGCCUGAGACCGGAGUUAAUAUCCAUGGAGUAUUCCUCCAG